AACAAAAGUUUCUUGCUUCUUUGCUCUUUGUCUUCUUUCUCUUCUCAGCAUAAAUCCACACCUCUCUCUCCACUGUUACUCACUUCUUUCACCACAUUUCUUUUCUCUUUUGGAGGAAAAAUCAAGAAAAAGAGAGAUAGAAUCUAGUUCUAUCCAAGAGUGUUUUUAGUGUCUUUCUCUGUUUUUGGCUAUGGAAGUUCGUUGCUCUGAUCUUGAAGUAGACAUCAAUGGAGAAGAAACCAUCUUUCUCAAUAAGCAAAUCAUAUGUGCUUAUUCUGGAACGUUAAGGAAACUUUUGGGGAAAUCAACUUGUUCCAAUGGAAAUCUCAAGGUGAUCUUUAAUGAUUUCCCUGGUGGUGGGGAGAGUUUCGAGCUUGUAUCGAGAUUUUGCUACAAUGACGGUCGAGUAGCUGUGAUGCCUUCGAAUGUUGUCUUCUUGCAUUGUGCUGCUAAGUUUAUGGAAGUCACUAAAGUCUUGGAACAAACAGAGAAGUGUAUGGAAGAGAUUCGGUAUUGGGCUUGGUCAGAGGUUCUUCUCUGUUUAAAACAGUGUCAAGAAGUUGAAACAUCGCCCGAAGCUGAUUCUUUAGCCGCGAAACUGAUGGAUGCGUUAGUGGAGAAACUGUGUUUAACCAUUGAAAUGAGUCCUUCUAGUGCUGCUUCUGCUUGUUCACCAGAUAGCAGCUUGUUUCGGUUUUCUUGUGACAGUAAAAGUACAGAGAGUUUCAAGAAUAGCUCUGUUCGGUUAACAUGGUGGUUCGAUGAAGUUCUUGUUCUAAGUGCCGGUUUGGUUGAAAUGUUUUUGAAGCUUAUGGUAUUGCGGAAAUUCGAUAAUCUCAUCAUAAGUAGGUUCUUGUUCUAUUACCAGAAGGUCAAGUUUUGCUCCGCAUCUUCUCAUGAGAAAAGAAAGAUUCUUGAAACCAUCAUUGAUACUCUUUGCGUCUUAGAUCGAAGUUGUGUCCCUUGCAAGAGCCUUUUCGGGGUUUUGAGGCUUGCUCUUGGAUUGAACAUAAACAAAAGCAGCAUGAACAAGCUGGAGCUUAUGAUAGGUCACCAACUGGAUCAAGCAACACUAGACAAUCUUCUUGUUCCAUCUCCAUCGAAAUCGAGUCACUUGUACUAUGUGAAUCUCGUUCUUAGAUUCACAAAAGCUUUCCUCGACGGAGCAAGAGGAGGAUUGCAAUUGAAGAAAGUCUCAAGCUUGAUUGAUCAAUACAUAGCUGAAGUAGCACCGGAUCCUUGCUUGAAACCUUCAAAGUUUCUGUCUCUCCUCACACUUGUUCCAGAUUCAGCCAGAGAAUCCCACGAAGAAAUAUAUCGUGCUAUCGAUAUGUAUCUCGAGGCUCACACAGGAUUAACCGAUGGCGAAAAACUCAACUUGAUACGAACAUUAAGUUACGAAAAGCUUUCAGGAGAAUCAAGAGCACACAUUUCCCGUAACCCGAAGUUUCAGGCAAUUGAGACACUAGAUGAACAACAACAACAACAACAACCGAAGCAGCUCAUACUCCGAAUGGAGAAGGUUGAGAUUUCAGGAGAGAACGAAAAGCUGAAGGAACAUAUUGAAGGGAUUCAGUGGCGGGUAAUGGAGUUGGAGAGAGCCUGUUUAAAAAUGCAGAAUCAGAUGGAAGUUAUCAAAAAGAGAUCCAAGAGCUCGAGCAAAGGAAGUAACAGAUCACUUCCUAAGCUCUGUUCUUGAUUAGUGAAGCUGUAGCUUACGAGAUCAUAUUUGUACAUAGAGUGAUAGAGCAUAAGGAGUCAAUUAUAGUUACAAUUUGUUUCUUAUGUUUCUUUGUUUACUGUCACAAAGUUGUGCGCAAGGAAAAGUAAAGAAAGAUUCGUAUUUAUGGAGAUGUUUAGGUUCUUGUUGAUACAAACUUAAAUCAAUCAAGUUUUCUUGU